AUGGUAGUGCGGCUCAAAGACAUCGCGACCAUCGGCAAGCUCUACGUCGAGAAAGUGCUGGUUGCUUCCGAUAAACCCAGAUAUCCUCACAAGGCCUCCCUGCUUGAGAAAAUUUCGCUUUUUCAGGGAGAUAUCACCAAACUUGAAGUCGAUGUCAUUGUGAACGCCGCAAACCGAUCCCUCUUAGGUGGCGGAGGUGGUAAGUCCCAAGCUUGCCAUCUGAUGGAUGGCCUCAAACGAUUUGCCACCAGCCGUACCCUUGGUGGCGCGGAAACUGGCGAAUCUAAAAUCACGAAGGGGUACAAGCUGCCUGCUAAGCAUGUUAUACACACCGUCGGCCCGAUCUAUCACUCUGGCGACGAGGAGAAGAACGAGAGGCUCCUACGCUCGUGCUAUCGGUCUAGCCUUCAGCUCGCCGUGCAAAAUAAUUUGAAACACAUCGCUUUCUGCUCGGUCUCGACUGGCAUCUAUGGAUAUCCUAUCAUGGACGCUACUCACGUCGCAUUGGAUGAAGUGAGGAAGUUUUACGACUCGGAGGACGGCGAGAAGCUCGACCGCGCCAUCUUUGUCGUUUGGAGCGACAAGGAUAAGAGAGUAUAUGAGUAA